UUAUAAGAUAUACAAAUUAUAAUAUGGCAACUCAGCUUGAAGAGUACAAAAGAGAAAUGGUGAUGCUACAUAUUCCCUUCCGCAACGAAGAGAUAGAUCUACUUUCUGAGGCAAAAUUUCUGGAAAUCUACACAGAAAAUGAGAACAUCAUCAUGGAGCGUAGAAAGGAAUUCGAAUCUAACAUCAAUAUUGAGGAAACUAUGUGAACAGUUAUAUCGUGAAGAAGAAGAUUUGAGGCAACUAGACAAUCAAGUUCGUCCGGGAGCAGUUCCAGAGCCACCUCCAUUCAAUGACAUGUAUGCGGAUCCCGAUUCAAACACCAACGAUGAUCUUCGUUUAGCAACUUUGAGUCGUCUCCGAGCGAUUGCAAAGCGGAGAGAGAAUUUAAUGCCAAAUGAAGAAUUUUGCCAACUGAUGCGAGCAACCAAUCUUGAACAACGAUCGAUUUUACUAGAAACUAUCCAUCAUUUAACAUCGCAACCACUUCAACCAUUGUUGGUGUUCCCGACGGGCCCAGCCGGAUGCGGAAAAACCUUCGUGAUUCGUCUGAUCAUGGAAAUUUAUAAUAAAUAUGGAACUACAAAUGCACAUUGCAAUGCGUACCUGACAUGUGCUUUGACAGGAAAAGCUGCAGUGGCAAUCAGCGGUACGAUCAUUCACACUGCUCGAUCAUUAUCCACCAGCUUAGAUAAUAGCUUGAGUUCUGAAGCAUUACAACAAUUCGGAUCAUUAUUUCAACACAUUCGCUUGAUGUUGAUCGAUGAAGUCAGUAUGGUUGGAGCGGAGCUUUUCGAAUGAAUCGAUAGAAGAU